ACUUUCGAACCCAGCAUCCCCCGGGAACCGCAUACGACAAGGUGUUUCACGACCGAGCACGUUUCUUGCGAGCCCGUUGGCUAGCGGAGAGGAGGGGAGAGUGGAGGGCCCAGUCCAGGUUCCUUACUGAUUCUGAGGUCGAGUCCGCCUGCCUUUCUCCGCGCAUGCAAAUAUAUUGCGCUCGUUCCCCGGCGCCCCAGCAGUACGAAGAUGGCCAGCUUGUCCGCCCAAUGCCUCUGGGAGCUGUUCUCCUUACAGCUUUUGACGUCUUCUCUCCGCUUCAACAGCGCGGUCACCCCGCUUGGAGCGCGAUGGCAAUCUGCCUCGACAACCAGAUCUUUUACGAGCCUGCGAGCCGUGGUCCUCGGGUUCGAGAAGGGGGCCGCUCUGCAGCGAUCUUUGGUGUUCCUUUGCACCCGCCGCUGCCGCAGGAUACGCACGAUCCUCAAGGCGGUAGCGUUGGGGGGUCGCAGGCUGAUGCCAUCCUGAUCCUAAGCGAUGACGAGUUUAAUGAUUUCCAUGGCCAACCCGACACAUCUUUUGAGUGGCUUGACGGGCUUCUCCCAGAUGCGCGCAACAAGGGUGAAUCCGGCCGUGUUACUAGUACAGGCAAAGGUGUCGACGCUGCUUCCGACGAUAACAACACGCCGGAGCCCUUGGUUACCAGCAUUGCCGGCCUAGGCAAUGAAUCGCAUGCCUCGCCUAUGGAGCUGGCAUCCCUGGCAUCCCACCAUGCGCUCCCGUGUGGACCAGAGUCGUCCUGUCGUCGGGGUGACGGAUGUGACAGGCACCCGCACUUGUCUGUAUUUUACCGUCGGCGUCGAAAUGCCGAGUCCUCUCAGGCCACGGUAGACGACGAGGGUAUUGAGGGUGACGAGCCUGAGCCGGCCGAUGCUGGACUGCCCCUGCAGCUGCAGCCGCCCGACAACCAACUCGAAGUGGACCACCAUCCUACCAAUGGGAUGCGUCCUGCCACGCCGCCGCAAGUGGUGGAAAGCCGGGCACACACACCCACACUGCCGGACGACGAAAGCACCAGCGAGCUCGAACCGGCGGAUGCCGAGCCACGCCUUCAGCCCCAGAGCCCAAGCGGUGCCGCCUCCGGUCGUGGGGUUGAUCCACAACAAAGGUCCGGUAGCUGCGGCCUCUCUCAACAUCGUGAUCACCGUGAUCACCGUGAUGACAACGAUCAAGCGAAUGACCCAGAACAACAUCACCUCUCGCUCCGGACGAUAGAGGAGAUAAAAACGAUGAAGAGGGCCCACCCACGCUGCCGGACGACGAAGGGAAUAACGACUGUGAGCUGGUCGAUGCCGGCCCACCCAUGCAGCCGCCCAUGCAGCCACCCGCCAGCCGAGAUCAGGCCAGCCCGCAGCCCACUACCAGCCACUGUGACGUAACGGCUGGUGGAAUGGCCUCGCAGCGCGGCCUCGGCCGCCGCCGACACCAUGAUGCCGACGAGGAGGACUACCGUCCUAGUGUGUGCAGCGACGCUGAACACAGCGAGGAUGAUGUUGUCCAGCCGCCGCGGCGCAAACGCCGUAGGGUGAACAGUAUGAGCAUUGCAACCGGCGGAACAGCAUCUCA